GGGGCGCCACCUCGAGCUCGACAACAUCCUGUCCAGCGCAAACCCCGUUGCCUACGUCACCACAUUUCACCGAACGCGAUGGAACGUUGUGGAACAUUUUGAAGGAGGUGUCGAGGAACCCCGCCAGAGACAGGUGCAAAAUGAGGGACGCGGCUCUCCUGCUCGCAUCGUGCGUGGUGCUGGGUCUCGUCCUGGGCCCCGGACAAGCAGCCAGACAGGGACACGACAUCAGAUGUGGAGCCUGCAGGGCUCUGGUAGAUGAGAUGGAGUGGGCCAUCUCCCAGAUAGAUCCGAAGAAAAUGAUCCAGACCGGAUCCUUUCGGAUCAACCCGGACGGCAGCCAGUCCAUCAGGGAGGUUCCCCUGGCUCGCUCGGAGGGAAACCUCCUGGAGCUGAUGGAGAGCGUGUGCGAGAGGAUGGAGGACUACGGCGAGCACACCGAUUCUUCGACCAACAGGAAAUCCUACGUUAGGAUCAAGUCUCGGAGCGGCGAGCCCAUGGACCUCUCAGAGGCCACGCUGGAUUCAAGAGUCACAUCCAGUUUGAAAUUUGCGUGUGAAACAAUUGCUGAGCAGAAUGAAGAUGAAAUCAUUGAAUUCUUCUCUCAUGACACGGACAAUGUUAAAGACAAACUCUGCAGCAAGAGAACAGACCUCUGUGAUCACGCUCUGAAAAUACCCCAUGACGAACUUUGAUGUCACCUCGCCAUGACUGCCGUCUAUCUCCUCAGCUGAAGUGGAGAAACCGAGUGCUGUAACGUUCUCAGUUGUCACUCAUCACUGGUUCGCGUCAUGGCAGUGCUGCAAGAUGUAUACAAAUUCUCAAAAAUUAGAACAAUCACCUUGAAACAGAAAGUGUUAUUCUUGUAACCAUGAAGAAUUUAAGGACCAUUUUUUUACCUACGGACUUUCAUGUCUCUUGUUUAUUUAACUUAAGUUAUUACAACUACACUUUCUGUUUAGGCUCUUCUCAUAUCUUCACCAGAUAAAACUGAAACUGUGAAACCACAAAAAUGAAGUGGACUUCAAGGAAGAUACAGUUCUUUUUACAGGAUUGUUUGUGUCUAUACAGUAAGAAAUCUACUUUAAGUCAAGUUUCAUAUUGGGGUUGAAAUUUGGUCAUGUGGUUCCCAAGCCCAUUUUCAUGCACACUGAGGAAAGUCUCUCCCAAAGUUAUACAGAGGUAUUUUGCAGACACUAUUCACUGACAACCAACUUGUCUUUUGAUGUCCAAUUAUGCUUUCAGUUUUGGGUCCUGCAGAGAAUUUUUAAUUUUAAACAAAAUGUAUCUAACAGUCCCUGAUCACGAGAAUAACACUUCAAAACACCCACAGGGACAAUGAAACAUAAACCAUUGGAUCUGAUUGGGUUUCAAAGUUAUUAAGUACUAAUUUGUAAAAGACCUGAAAUGUUGCAGAGUAUGGGUUGAUAGUUAAAAGUAAUUAUUUUCUGGAAACAGAUCUGUUUUCCUCCCAUAAUGCCCCUUCAAUACCAAAAAAAACAGAAAUUGAAAUAGCAUAAGUUGUUUAUCACUUCAGGGGCAGGCUAUUGGCUUAUUUUCUUUAAACACUAAUAAAACCAACUGCAAUCCAACUGCACUAUAAUAUAUGAUUGUUUCUCUUUACUUCCUAGCAUAGUUUUCUUCAAUCUAAAACUAAACUUUAAUGUAAUUCUAUUAGUCUUCUAUCCAUAAUCUGUAAUAAGUCCUGAGUAAAGAAUCAUUCUUAGCUGGAAAAUCCUCAUGCUGCUCUGUUGAUGUGGAAAGUCCAGGACGUAUAUUUGGUAUCAUUAAUUUUCCACUGUGUGAAAAAAAAAAUGAACUUAUUGUGUUCUGAACAUUAUCUUGAAAUCUUUGUUUUUUAAUAUAUAAAUUUUGUACGUUUUCUGCA